AUGGUAGGAACAGAGACAAAUUCACAAGAAUGGGGAAGCCCAGAAACGGCAAGAAUCCGUGCGACUCAUACAUCGGAAACCACUCCGUACAACGAGAGAUUAUUGCGAACUUACCAUCCAGAGUUGGCGGGCUGCGACGAGGUCUGGGUAUCCGAUCCCAGAUUUGGCCCGGAAGUGUGGCUCGUCAAGAAGCCUUGCACAGCUAUUGUCGCCGCUGGCCGAGCAAUUCAUCCUUAUCCUGCGGACAGGCUUGACCUUUGCCAUGUGAACGGUAUUUUAUCCCCGAGAUCUCCAUGGAAAGAGGAAUAUCUGUUCAGACAUGGCAUCAAUCCAAGAAAGGUCCUAUCUUCGGAGCAGCUCGAUUGCCUUCGCGAGCUGUUCCCGAGGGCGAUAGGAGCACGUGUUCAUGUGGCUGGAUUUCUAAUCAUGCUCUUCCACUCGUAUCUGGACAUUGAAUCCCAAUACGAGAAUGAAUGGAUCCGAGAAGUCGGAGGACUGAGAGUUUUAUACGAGGCCCCCGAAGUCAGAGUCAGCGCAGACACUGUUGCAUCGGGAAUGGAAGUGUCUGAUGCUCCCAGUAGCCUGGCGGGAUCUGGUUGUCUUGGCCUCAAACUACAAAUGCCUGAUGGAAAAGCCGUGAUCACAACAGUAACUCAUGGUUUUGUGAGAAAUCCACAACCAUCCGCAGUGGUGAAAUUCUUUGGCGAAUGGAUUUGGCACGCAAAUGGUGCCCUUCGACGGUUUUUUGGUUGGCCGUUUCCAUCUAAGGCUCCUUCAAUUGGGUUUCCUUGGGGGCCCAAGACCAACUCACCAAUUGGAAAGGAAGUGUGGUUGACAAGGGAGAAGCAACGAAUCGGAACCAUCUCCCAUACUUUCGACGAUCCAAGCCCUACCUGUCCGUAUCCUGCCGGAUAUAUGCAUGACCUUAGCCUUAUCACAGACCCCGAGUUGCCUACAAUUGUGCGUCCACCUGGCUCUCCGGUUGUGUCACAAUGGGGAUCUUAUGCCGAUGCACUCUCUGGCGCCGAUGUUUAUCUUGUCCAAAUGAAUAGCUCAAUCGGAAAAUACAAUAUGUCACCAGAUACUCCAGAUACAGUCAUGACGCCAGAUGCAACAGUCAUCGCGACCCAGUAUCUAUGGGAUCGAGAGGCCCAGACUCAGAACUCUUCUCUUUUAUGGAUCACAACGCCAGAUCCAUCUUCUUCAAGCAUGGAGUGGUCUGGGUCUCUUCUUUGUCUUGGAAAGCCUACAGAUAAGUCGGGGAGGGCUGUCGUUUUCCAAAACUACGAGGACACUUGCCGUUCUUCAGUAAACUCCUUGACUGGGCAAUCCACGAGCAUCAUGGUCAAGGGUGGCUUCCUGCUUCCCCUUCAGAUUCGAUCGUCCAAGAUUGUCAGCAGCGCAGAGGAGCACUGCAAGAGAGACUCAACCGCUUUCCCUCGUGACCGGUUAUGGAGUCUCGUUGCUUCAGAUUCGCCAACUGGAGCCUUUCUUCAGACCUUCUUCGCGUCGCUACUUCGAAAGAAAGAAGUAGAAGAAAAAGAAGUCUGUGGGGAAAACGGCAACUUCCUUGUCCUUCUCCCACAACUCUUUUCUUUUCUUUCAUUCCUUUUUCCCCCGGUUGUCCCCGAGCUGCCACUUGACGUGCGCAGCUCACUUUCACGACGUCUCCCACAAAGCGUCGCAAAGUUUCCCCCGAGCCAGGCCGCAGUAGCCCAGGAGAGGCACGACGUCACGGCCGCUCCGACCCUCCACAAGUGCCUUCGUUGCCCCCAAGAAGAAGAAGUUCUUCCUCCUCGGUCGCAAGCUCCCGGCACAAAAGCUCCUCCUCCUCUCCUCCUCGCUACGUGCCUGCUCACCUCCAGUCCCUCGUCCCGGGACCCGAUCCCAGCCCGGUCCUGCUCGCUCACACCACCCCCGCGACCGCGACUGCCGGUCUGUCUCUGCCAGCGAACUCUCCGACAUGCCCUGGACCAGCACGAUGGCCCUGCGCCAAUUAACGGUGACGGCCGCUCCCCUUCGCCCGGCGAGAAACGUCCGGCCUCUGAAAUCACCGACUCCGAUCCGGAGGGUCGUGUCAGCACCACCCUCAAUGUCAUGGCGGCCGAUACCAUUGACGACCAAAUCAGCAAGGUGAUUGCGUUAGCCAAUGAACCUCUGAAGGAUGGCCAAAAGGGAUUCGUCGUCUCGUCUCGAUGGGUCAAGACGCUCUACGCCAAAAGCACUUCUUAUGCCGACAAGGCCGACAAAGAGGCCAUGUCGAGCGAAUUGGGCCCGGUCGACAAUCGCGACAUCGUGCUCGACACCGAUCCUGUCAACAGCAACUUCAAGUACGAGAGUGGAGAUGUCUACGUGCCGCUCCGUCCGAAUGCGACCCUCGGUGUGGAUUACGAGAUCGUUCCACAGGAAGCCUGGGAGCUGAUCAUGAAGGAAUACGGACUUGCCCCCCAGUCCCCCACCAUUGUUCGGUUCGCCCACGACGCCAGCAUGAAUGAUUCGGAGAAUGUCAUCGGGCACCACACCGCAGUCGCUCAAGGAAAAAUCCCAGCCGCCUGUCAGGAUGCUAGCCGGACGCCAGAGCGGCAUCCAGGCCUGGUUGAAGAGAGCCAAGGAGCUCGCGGGGAUCGAGAUGUCGACCAAGGUCGCGUCUGGAAAAUCAUCGGCCAAUUGCCCAGCCUGAACCCAUCAACCUCCACCACCCCCGCCGUCUCCCGCACCGUCUCCCCUUCACCUCCCUCCGCACUCAUCUCCGCCUCCAGUCGCAACUUGUUGGUGGAUCUGAACACCUUCUUGGAGCUCAACGAUGGAACCCAGAGAGAACUACUGGAGACCUUCAAGGAUCAGACCGCCAACAACAAUUACAAUGGAAAGAUGACCUUGAGCAUGGCCGGCUUGAUGGGAUCCGACGUGUUCGUCCUCGAAGAGCAGGUUGGCACGAAGAGUGGAGAGUGGGUCUCGUCCGUCUCCGCAGAGAAAUUGAAGCGCCUGGGCAUUCCUAUCACAAAGCCCAAGAAAGAGGCUACCUUGGCUGGCGCUGAAACGACCAAAAGCCAGGCGAAUAGUGGGCGUACCAGUCCUGACCAGGACGAGUUCCCUUUUGGCAAGAAACCCCAUGGCCACAGAUUGGGAGUCACUGGUCUUUCCAACCUGGGCAAUACAUGCUAUCAAAACGCAGCCACCCAGUGUGUUCGGGCAGUGGAGGAAUUGACCUACUACUUCCUGGCCAACCGCCACAAGAAGGACCUCAAUCCGUCCAAUCCCCUUGGAUAUUCGGGACAGCUAGCCAAGGCCUAUGCUGGUCUGAUUCAAGGAAUCUACCGCGAUCCACCCCCGGCAUCCUUCAAUCCCUCCAAGUUCCGCAACCAAAUCGGCCGCAACAACCCGACCAUGGCAGGGUGGGAGCAGCAGGACAGCCAGGAGUUCUUGAUGUUCCUUCUGGAUGGGUUGUCGGAGGAUCUAAACCGUAUUCUCAAGAAGCCAUAUAUUGAAAAGCCCGACUCGACAGACGAGAUGGUCACUGAUCGCAAGGCUCUGGAAGACUUCGCCGUCCGCUCUUGGGACAUCUACAAGGCCCGCAAUGACUCCGUUGUCACCGAUCUCUUUGCCGGCAUGUACAAAUCGACCUUGGUCUGCCCCAGCUGCGAUAAGGUUAGCAUCAUCUUCGAUCCAUUCAGCAGCUUGACCUUGCCCAUCCCGCAGAACAAGCUGGAGUACCGGAACGUGGUCUUCCAAGGCUUGGACGAGCCCCCACGGAUGUUCACCGCCGAAGUGGACAAGACAGGCACAGUCGGCACUUGGAGGGAUGCCAUGGCCAAUAAGUUCAACCUCCAGCCCGAGGAGCUGGUUGCUGCAGAGGUCGACAACGGCCACUUUUGGGAAGUCUGGUCGCGCGUGAAGGUUCCAUACGAGGAUCUGCACCUCUCACCCAAAGAUGUCAUGACUUUCAUCCAGCUGGAUUCCCCCAAGGAUGAUCGAAUCCUUAUCCCGGUCUUCAGCAGAACCAAGGCCAAACACUCCAAGGGUCACGCCCGGUUUGAAACCUUCGCCCAGCCCACGAUCCUCUCCUUCAGCCGCAGUGAGACAAAGGAUCUGUCCGUCAUCUAUCGCAAGAUCAUGCGACACGUUGCGACCAUGACCACCCGGGAUAUCAUGGGUGAGGCUGAGUUCCAGAUGAAGAAGGGGGCCUCGUCUGAAACUACCGAGAAGGCCGUCGAGGAUUCGGAUACCGUUGUGAUGAAUGAGGAGGACGCUCGGUCCGCAGAUUCUCCCAUUCAGACCGGCUCGGUGGAAGGCGAGGAUGGCAUUGUCAACAUCUCGAUGCAAAAUGCAUCCCAAACACCAAGCGCUGCCUCACCUCAAGGGAUGGAUGGGAGCAAUGACGUGCCGGCCCACCCUCUUUCAGGUAUCCUUCCUCCAGGAUUGCUUGGCUUGUUCGAUGUCAAGGUCCUGACCACCGUCGAGCGGAUCCCCAAGGGGCGUCAGAUCAACGGGUCCGCGGAGAAGAUCCUCAAUCGACUCUCAUCUUCGAAGAAGGCAUCGAAGAAGAAGGUCGCCCGUGGAUCUGACGACGACAGCAACGGGAGCUCCAGUGCGUCCGACGACUCCGACCCAGAGUCUCCCCGCUUCAUCUCGUCGAAGCCGCUGCUCAAGCAGUCCGAAGCCAUCAUCCUGGACUGGAACGAUGAUGCCAAGGAUGCUUUGUUUGGCAAGGCUGGACCUGACGACAACCUGCGAGGUGCCGCCACCUGCGAUCAGAUUCCCUUCACCCAAGAUCAGGGAAUGAUUGAUCGCCGCGCUCAGCGCGAUGCCCGAGCCACGCAGGGUGUCUCGCUGGAUCAGUGUCUCGACGAGUUCAGCCGCGAAGAGACCCUCUCCCAGGAUGACGCCUGGUACUGCCCGCGCUGCAAGGAACACCGCCAAGCGCGCAAGAAGUUCGAGCUUUGGUCCACCCCGGACAUCUUGGUCAUUCACCUGAAGCGGUUUAUGACCCAGUCUCGGUACUCCCGGGCCAAGCUCAGUACCAAGGUUGAUUUCCCGGUGGAGAACCUGGAUCUCUCCUCUUGGGUGACUGGACCGACGGGCGACAAGUCAUUAGUGUAUGACUUGAUUGGCGUAGACAACCACUCAGGCGGCAUGUCUGGUGGCCACUACACUGCCUACGCCAAGAAUUUCAUCACCGAUGACUGGUGUAGUUUCAACGAUUCCUCGGCCUCGAUCUUCCGCGACUUGGGACGUAUGCAGUCGCCUCAAGCAUACCUGCUCUUCUACCGCCGCCGCUCGGACAAACCCCUUGGCGGCCCCGUCCUCCAAAGCAUCGUCACCAAGUUCAAGAAUGGCGAGAAGGACGUUACCGCUGAGAACUCGCGAUCCGGGUCUCCGUCGGGGGAAGGCAAGCGCCUCGGCGGCUCAUCCCGCAAUGGAUCGUCGAGCGGAUCAGCCGGAGCCGCAGCAGUUCGCCCAGUGGGCGGUGGUGGUUCGGGAGUCGCGACUCCGGAGACGAAGUCGAGUGAGGAUGAGAACGACGAGAACGACGAGUCCCACAAUCCCCUGGAUGACGUGUUCUCCGCACCUUCCUGGUCCUUCGAUCGCGCCGGUGGAAAUUCCCUUGCCCUGGGUCCCCUCACUUCUGUCCGCCCAGCUUCUCCUGAAGAUGACCAGGACCUUUUUGGAGACAAUGACAGCAACGUGGCUGUCAACGAGAAUUCAGAUGCCGAGGAAAGACUUGAUGUCCUGGGAACUUCGCAACAAGUCUCCGACCACGAGGGGUCUUUCGAGGAUGUCCCACCUUUGUUGGAUGACGGUUCGGAUGAGGAUUUGCCUGUUGUUGAGCUCCGUGUGGAUCCUGAUGAGAGGACACAUUCUGAUGCUUGA